GCUCUUAUUGAUCAACAAUGGCGAAAGAGACAGUGUGUGUAACCGGAGCUAAUGGUUUCAUCGGAUCUUGGAUAAUCCGAACGUUAAUUGAGAAAGGUUAUACCAAUAUCCACGCUUCGAUUUACCCAGGAUCCGACCCGACUCAUCUUCUGAAACUACCCGGAUCCGAUUCUAAGAUCAAGAUCUUUGAAGCGGAUCUCUUAGACUCUGAUGCAAUCUCCAGAGCUAUUGAUGGAUGUAAGGGAGUGUUCCACGUGGCGUCACCUUGUACGUUGGAUCCACCGGUUAAUCCAGAGAAGGAGCUGGUUGAACCGGCGGUUAAGGGAACGAUCAAUGUGUUGGAAGCAGCUAAAAGGUUUAAUGUGAGACGCGUGAUGAUCACGUCAUCUAUCUCCGCCUUGGUUCCUAACCCUAAUUGGCCGGAGGGAGUGCCCGUCGAUGAGUCGUCGUGGACCGAUCUCGAUUUUUGCAAGUCGAUUCAGAAAUGGUAUCCAAUUUCGAAGACAUUAGCUGAGAAAGCAGCUUGGGAAUUUUCGGAGAAGCAUGGAACCAACAUUGUGACGAUUCAUCCAUCAACAUGUCUCGGACCGCUUCUGCAACCGAACCUAAACGCAAGCUGUGCUGUUCUGCUACAGCUCUUACAAGGCUCGACAGAGACGCAAGAGUAUCACUGGCUUGGUGUGGUACAUGUGAGGGAUGUGGCUAAAGGUCAUGUGAUGUUAUUCGAAACACCGGAAGCUUCUGGUCGGUUUUUAUGUACUAAUGGGAUUUAUCAGUUCAGUGAGUUUGCUGCUCUUGUGUCCAAGCUCUUCCCUGAGUUUGCUGUUCACAGGUUUGAUAAAGAGACUCAACCUGGGCUUACGUCGUGUAAUGAUGCGGCUAAGAGAUUGAUGAAACUCGGGUUAGUUUUUACUGCGGUUGAAGAAACGGUUAAGGAGACGGUCCAGAGUCUUAGAGACAAAGGCUUCCUCUGAGAAUGUAUAAGAUAGCUUUGCAAAUUUCA